UGGCGCUCAACUCGAGUGUAGGCGCAGUGAAUCUUCUCUUAUUUAUAUUUUGCAUGCUAACUUUUAAAGUUAGCAUGCAACGUCAGGACUGGUUAAAUGAGUGUCAAACAGCGAUGCAUAACGGUCAAAAAGGAUGUUACGUGUUGGGAGAGCAAGAUGCUAAACUUAAUGUGGAGAAGAGUAAGAAUGUAUUGGAACAACGACUGUUUGUCUUCUGUCAUCAAGGUUACAAAAAGGAGUGGUACAGACUCUGGCUGAAUCCUAAGAUCCGAGUCCUGGAGUCUGAGCUGCACCAGGAGUUUAGUUUUGUGUAUGGUGACAACUUUACCGACGUGAAGGAGCGCCACAAGUCCAGCUACUUCAGUCUGUGGAACUGGUGGAGAAUUAAGGAAGAGUUCUCUUUCUUACCUUUCAAUGUAAGCUGUCUUGGCAUUGCCUCUGACAAGCAUUACACGGUUGAGUUCAAAAUAAAGAAUCCUGAAUUAUGGUUUGUCUUCUUUGUUGGCCUUGGCGUUGUCAUCUUCUUCUAUGCCAAAUCCUGGAGCAGAAAUGUGGCCCUUCACUAUGGUACUGGUAUAUCAGUGGGCGUGUUUGCCUCACUUCUCAUCAUUGUCUUCAUCCUUAACAGAUUUAUGCCACAGAGAUUAAAGACCUUAGGGUAUGGAGUCAUGCUAGUGAGUGGAUCAGCCUCUAUGUUCAUCCUUCAGAAAGUGUCCCACAAAUUCAAUGAUAUCCUACAGAAUCACUGGCACAUUGCCCUGGGUUAUGUCUUAGCCACAGGGCUUGUGAGCUUCGCAGUCGUGUACAGAUACGGCCCUAUCAAAGAUCCAAGGUCUCUCAACUUGGUGACGUGGACAUUGCAGCUUGUUGGACUAUGGUUUAUAUACAUUGGGACACAGAUUCCAGAAGCAUCAAUUGCAAUCAUGAUCAUUGUGCUGUCUGUGUAUAAGUUCCCCAGGAGAAUUGUCACAGGAUUCACAUCAUUUAGGUACAGGUUUUUCCGGCCGAAGAUUCGCCUGCUGACAGAGGAUGAGUUUAUUAUGCAGGGUCAGGUGGAAACAGAGAAAGCCCUGGAGGAACUACGGUCCUUCUGUCAGAGCCCGGAGUGUGAUUCCUGGAGAGUCAUCAGUCGCUUGAAACACCCGUCCAGAUUUGCCAAGUUUGUGGAAGGAGAUUCUCACAUAUCUGACUCAGAACUGUUGGAUCAUGAUUCCGUGGAUUACUUCUCCCCUCCAUCUGACGAUAUCUCCGACGCUGAAUCCGAGACAGACUUCCGUCUCAGCACUCCUUAACGACUGCCAUCAUUAGGAAUGUGUAAUAUUUUCUGUAUCAAACAGUGUGAUCUAUCAUUUUGGGUCUGAGCACCUUCAGUCAUGUAGAGGUCAUACUGCUACAGUACAUUUGAGUUACGGUGUAUAAUAGUCCCGAAGAAUUGUGUAUACAACCUUGUGUAGUCAUGCGUUCAAAAGUAAUGGUUUCCAGGGAUUAAUCUAGGUGUUCUUAGAGGCCGAUAUUUGACCCCAGGUCUACAGCAAACAUCAGGACAUAUUUCCCAAUCAAUAUUAAAUCAGAUCAUUAUGAUAACUAAUAUUUCAGCCUUGCAAAUGUGAUCUUUUUUAUUUCAAUCAAUAACAACAACAACAACAAAGAGAAAAGAAUGAAAUAACUUCAUUGUACGUUAUAUCAUUUGAUGCAAUGUUAAAGUAAGAAAAUGAGGUCUUUAAUAAAUUUAUAUCUGCCAAAGGUCCUGUUUAUAGAUCCUAGAUAAGUCCCUGGCAUCUUACUUCUUACUAUAUCUUUCUGAAAGGUUGGUUAUUUAUCUUUUACUUUAAAGAACAAAAAGUUAGAAAGUUUGUUUGUAUCAUCAUCAUCGACAUCAUCAUCAUCAUCAUCAUCAUCAUCAUCAUCAUCAUCAUCACAUUUUCAACUCUGAUGACAGUGAGUGACUGGGAGUAGGGGAGACACAAGCUACCUUGAGAACAUGAUAUACCUGGUGCUUACGAUCCACCACCAAACACAGGUGAAUCUGAUCUCUUUGUUAUCAUGUCUAGUCAGACUUGUUAUAUGUCUUGAUUUUCAGAUUUCAUUUUGAAAAAUCCUGUUUGGAAGGUGAAAAUUACAAAUAAUAACAUUUAAGGACUUUUCAUCUUCUUGAAAGGUUUUCUGAAUAUGUUACCUUGUUUGUCAAACCAUUGUCAUACUUCUUGCAGUUUAACAUAUUUUGUCCUCAUUUUCUUUGAAAUAUUAUAUCUUUAGAUGUUUUUCCCUCAUGUUUCAUUAUGGGGCGUCAAUGGAUCUGUAAAGCAGUUUAAAACAAAGUAUGGCCUCAGAUUAAAUGAUCUUGCCAGUGAAAUGACAAUCAGUGUCAAUCUUGUCACAGUUGAUGUAGUUUUGAACACGUUUUCUUUUCAUCAUCAUGUUUCAAAUGGAAAGUGCUGUAUGUUGCCAUAUGACCACUGAAGGAAUCUUGGACACCAUCAGUUACAGUGGACUGAAUGAUGCAGCCUUGUAGUGAGAAACUGUGUUAUGUUUUGAAACGAUUGUUAUGUAUAUCUCACCAUCGACUACAACAAGUUAGCUUUCAUAACAUUUAUCAACCUCCAUAUUCAUGAUAGUUGCAGUGACCUAAAAUUUUUGACUGACAUUUUUGUCUCAGGGUAGUUGUUUGUAAAAUGUGAUGAGAGUUUUCAACUAAUUUAUGGCUGAAAUCCUUCGUGGAAUCAACCCCCACAGUCAUGUGCUUCAGCAAUAAUAUUUAAGUGUGUUUCUGCAUGUCUAUUGUAAGUAGAAUGUAUCUUCAAGUUUAUCUUCAUAUGCCAUGAACUGUUUUACAUAAAUUAGAAUAUUUAUCAUGAUAUGAAUAUACUUAUCCUGAUACAAAUAUUUUGCAAAGUCCCUCGCAUUCACUCCCAUAACACAGGAUCCAAAACGUGCUUCUCCAACAGGGGGUGCUCUCCAUCAGGUUACCUCCCUUGAACCUCCUCAAACCUGAAGUCCACUAAACAUCGUCUGACAGUGGAAGGACGGGCGGGUCUUAGAGCUGUUGUAUCUGUAUAAAUAUUCUAAUUAAUUCAAAUUAUAUCUCCUCAUACAAAAUAUUGCAAACGUAUCCCAGAACUGGCAUUAUCGUUACAUGGACUAGACUUUGUCUUCUCGUGCACCUGAUCUACACUUAUCCCAUACCACCUGUACUGUCUCAUCCGUACUCUAACAUGCAAUGCUAGGCUCAGUGAUUGAAUACCUGUAUGGUACAUGAUACAUGACACCCAGAGAAUUAGGACUUUAAAUUUUAGCAAAUCACAAGAAAAGCCCAACAAUCCCUCAUAAUAUUUUUUGUGACAUCAGACAUAUAUAUGGUCAAUCGACCUAACUCACCCCUUUCUGUAAUGGUUAACCAACUGUUGUUUUCAGAGACAGUCAGAUACAGCAUAUGCAAAAAUACACACAAAGAAUAAAAUCUGUAGGCAUUAUCAUCAAAUAUUCCAAGAAAGAAUUGUCCAGAUAUUACACUAUAACAAAUCUCUCUUGUUAAAAAUAAAUAAUUCAGCCUUGGAAACAUGAGAUAAAGAUCAAUGAGAAGGAAAGUGAGGGUUCGAGGGGAGGCAACUCUGAUGAGUAAGCUGGUGAAGAGCAUCCUGUGUCAGGCAUGUUUUGGGCUUGGUCUUAUAGUAUUGAAGAGGGAGGGAAUUUGGAGUUUUUGGUAUCAGGAGAAGAAAUAAUUAAUGGUUUGAAUGAAGUCAACCUGCACAUAUUGAUAAUGAUGGCGUCAGAAUUCGGUUUCUGUUUCAUCAGAUGCAUGUGUUCCUUGAUUUGGCAGAACCCCCCUCACAUCAUUUGUACAAUGUAUAUCUUAUUUUUAAGAAAAAGAUCAUAAAAAUUAUAUGUUUUCAUAUUUUCGUGUGAUUUUUGUGAGUGGUAAAUCAAAGCAAGUGGUGAACAUGGUAAGGUAAAAAGAAACGUUUUCUCAUCAAAGCUAGAAAAUAGUGGUCUGGUCUUUUUUAUGUGCUACCCUUGUGCCAAAAUAUCCUUUUCACCUGAAAGCAGAAAUAUUUGUCUGUCAUGCAGGAAUGUUUGUUAUAACUCGAUUGUAUGCUUUUCAGUUUGUGCAAGUUUUGUUUAGUCACCCCCAAACCCAUCAAUAAUAAAUGAUGUCCAUUCCCUAAUACGGAAACUAUUACCGGUACCAUGUGAAUAUGACACAUCUAUCAUCAGUGUUUUAAUUGUUUUAGUCAUGGAUUAGAUUGGUUUUGUAUUGCCUGUGAUUCUCAGAUUGAGUUAUUAGCAGUUCAUGCCUCAGUGGAUCAGUUUAUGAUAUUGCAAUGUUUCAAUGGUUUAUUCUACUGACAAAAAUCAUAUUGACCAAGCCCACAGACACCGGUGAAAAUACCAUUGUGUGUGAUUAACUACUCAAAAGGAGUUCAAGAACGCUGAUAUUCUUUCAUAUUACACAGACUGUGGUUAACCUGUCAUGGCAUGACAGAUCAACUGUAGUAAUGGGAAAACAUUGGGUGAUGUUUAACUGCUUUUGAGUAGUAUAUAUCACUACUUUGACUAAGACAAUCUGUGAGUUAUGAGAUUUUUGCAACAGUUUUGCAUUUAGCUUGAUGUGUUUGGGCUAUGUCCUGGUACUUAAACAGCCUACAACUGUAAUGAAUUGAUUGAUAGGCACUACUUGGAACUUGACAUUUAGGUAUGGAUCCUUAUACUGUUGGCAAGCAAGGCCUGUAUGGGAAUCACGCUGGUAGAGCCAGCAACAGUGUUUUAGUUUAUGGUUUUAAGACAACUGAUCUAAUUUCUAUUUUGGAAUGUCCUUGAUGUGAAAGGUUUUUCUGACCUGAAUUCAUGGCACAGUGUUAUUUUCGUUCAUUGUCUGAUGUAUAUAUUUUCAACAACUGAAAUCUGGAGUCUGAAGUCACAAGGCCAGUGAAGCCAGUGAAGCUGAAACAAAGAUAUAACCAUCCGCAUGGAUUUGAAUGCAUCCGAUGAGCAACUUAAUGUUUACAUCAGUUGGAGUGUUGUAUUUAUUAUUGUAUUUAUUAUUUUAGCAGUGGUGACAAGACAGUUUACGCAUACACUUCUCAUCCCCUGCAGAUAUUAUAAUGUCAUUUGGACUAUCUUCGUGUAAGUAAGUUUGUAAGCUCAUGACGUAUAUUGUGUAUCUCAAUUUUGGGUCCUGCUGCCAGUUUUGAAAGGGUCUGUCAUUUGUUCGUCAUUGUUCACCGUUUCAGCAGACAUUAGAGUUAGAUUGUACAUGGCAAGUGGGUGUGGAUUUCAACAUACUGACUGUAUUUGCCAUGUUAAGCACCAUGCUCCAAUAAUCUUUAUGCCCUACUAAAACACUGAAACUUUAAAUGACAAUCCAAAUAUCCUUGUUUAUAUGACAUUUUCUUAAGUUGGUUGGUUGGUUGGUUUGUUGUUUAAUGCCGCACUCAGCAAUAUUCCAGCAAUAAUCAAGUCUGGGCCAGACAAUCCAGUGAUUAAUAUCAUUAUUAUUAGUCGCCUUUUACGACAAGCAUGGGUUUUUGAAGACCCACCCACCCCGGAAUCGUCACGGGCCCAUUUUCUUAAGAGAACAGCCACACAGAAGGGGUAUAUGAUUGCCUUGUAACUAUGAUUUGAUUGAUAUUCGAACACCGAUUGUCCACUAUCGCUCAAUUUCUGAAAACAAAUUUGAGUUGAUUUGAUCAUGGUUUUAAUAAGAACCCCAUUUGUGAGUUUUCUGAGAGCCUGGGGUGGUUUAUACAUUGAAUUGGUAUGUACCAUACUGGCAUGCACUGAACCAGGAUUAUUUUAGUGUUUUGAAUUAAAUACUGGGCCCACAAUUUAGGGUGUUAAACACCCCAGCAGCCAUGUCAUGUUGGACACAGUAGGUUGACAGAUUGAACCAAUGGGGACAUCCAACCCAGGUCAUGCGUGACAAGCAACCACGCUACCCAGAAGGCCACCUCUAACCAUCUUGCUGCUGUUGCUAGGCUAACUGUGCUAAAAUACUCCAAGGGUAAUUAUGCAAAACCUGUGUGCCUACUUUAGAAGUAGUUUUCUUUAUUAUUACGUGUUUCAUGUUACUGUAAUUUUUAUAUACACUCAAAACAAGCUAAAGAACACUCAUGAUUGCAUGGCUGUGUUGCAAUGGUGACCAACCAUGAAAGAAUAGCUAUAGUCAUGUGAAAUUGGAUGUUCUUUAAAUUUGUUCAGUUGUAUAUUAAUUACUUGCUGUUCAAUGUUGAAAAGUUUCCUUGGGGCAAUGAGUUGUUAUUUCCAUCCAGCAUUUCAGAUACUUUUCUCCUUUAAUUUUUGGAUAUGAAAAGGCUGGGUAACUUUUCAAUAGUGGCAUGUAGCUUAGCCCUAAGUCCGGUUACUACAGGUACCUUCUGUAUAUCAUACUAUUGCCAGACUACAUGUAGUCUGAUUUCUAGUUUUAUAGUUUUUCUUGUUCAGUAUGCAAGGAGACAAUAUGGAUAUGUUACAAAGUGUGUUAGGGUUGAUUUUUUUCUUUAAUUAUUUAAGAAAUCCCUCAUAAAAUCCCCUAAAAUAGAAAUAUAACAAAGAGAGGUUAAAAAAUAUUCUGAAUCAAUAGAGGUUAUCCUGUGAGUGCAUUUUGGGAUGGUAGAUAUCCGGUAUUACGAACAAAUGUUGAAUUUAGUGAGCCUCCUCACCAUGAUAUAAUGGAAACACUGUCCUCUUUGUCACAUGUCAUUCUUACAUUCUAAGGUGGAAAAUUCUCUCUCUCAUAACUGUACAUCAC